AUGUCAGACAAAGCGAUUCAUUCGCCGCCAAUGCGGGAUUCCGCCGCACCUGUCUCAGCGUGUUCAGAAAAUGCCAUGUACGAUAAUCUUUUGGAGACUACCCUUCAUAACGAAAUUGGCGAUGUAGGUAAACCCGGUAUGGGCAGCGCAGACAUUCACGUUCUAACUGAUUUGAAAAGGAUUUCAUGUUUCCUUGCCGGUGAGAUUGAAGUCCCGGAUGACGUGCCCGGUUGGAAGAUACUGUGUUGUCCACCACCAACGCUCUCCUCGGAGUCGUUCAAACCUGGACAAAAACGUGCACGUCCCAAAGAAACCGAUAGGAUAGCUACCAAAAGGAGGAAAUCAAGAGAAAUGGGACAUUUAGACAUUCGUAUUCCCGGUGGCUGGGAAGCGUGUCUUUUGGUUCUUUGGGAGCAUGCAAUACAACACUCCUUCCUCACACAAAGCGUAUGUCGUGAUGCUUUCGUGGAACGCAUACGAAGAAUCGGUGCUAUCGCUAGUCGAUCACUCCAACAACACGGUUUCUUCACCAUCAAACAUUUACUUGGACUAACCCGGGCAACUAGGUUGUGUCAGUGGGCGCGUGACUGUUGGUAUUAUCAGAGACACCUGUUUCGAGCUGGAAAAUUGUCUUCUGAUAAUCGGAACGCUGAUUUCGUACCCACAGAACCCAUAAGAACUGAUUUGGUUGCGUGGUUCUACCCUGAUGACACAAAUUCCCUAGGAAAAACUGCUUCUUCAUUUCCAGAGGUUCGUCUACUGUUGCUCUACUUGGAUGCGGUUGUUCGGUCAAUGGGGUACACACUGACUAACAGAAAUGCCUGUCAAGCCCAAGUAGACUCGCGCAGUUGGUCCGCCCUCUCCGUCUAUCAGAAACAAUCAAGCGGUGUUGGAUAUGUGUCUCACUACGACAAUCCAUCUAACCUGGCAGAUGGUCGUAUUCUAACAGCGUUGUACUAUUUAAAUCCGAAUUGGCAACGAAACUGGGGUGGCCAGCUGAUUAUCUGGCCACGUCGAAACAACGGCGAGAAUAGUGAAAAGUCGCCUACAGAUCCUGACACUACUACACCCACAGACUCCUCUCCUCUCGCAAUCUUACCCACCCUUGACAGACUUGUAUUGUUCUACGCAGAUGAACGGACCCCACAUCGCGUCCAACCCGUGUUCCCCACGGCUGAAGUUGACGAACGAUUCGCUAUCUCUACAUGGUAUUUUGAUAGCGAGGAACGGAUGCGAUUUUUGACAAAAUUCAAUUCGAACACAGAGGAACUCACAGCCAUUUAUCUUCCUGUUAACGCAAGAAUCAACCCCCAUCUGGGUUAUGAAGCAUCUGAGGAUGUCGGUUCACUUCUUGCCUUUUUUGCAAAUGUGUAUAUCGACUAA